UUGGUGACUGACGUUUGGACAACCUGAGCGGAAGUCAUCUUCAGAGUCAAGUGAAUGGUGUUUGUCAGUCGAUCUUAUAAGUCUGUUCCGCUGAACAUGAUUGGUCAGUAUAGCCAUGAUGGUAUUGGCUGAAAGACUCGUGUAAAGUUUGUCAUCCGUCAUUGGUGGGUUUCAAUCCGUCUAUUGUUAGUCAAAUCUGUCAUCUCACAGAUAAAGAAAAAUGGAUAAAUUAGAGUAAAGGUAGUUUAUACAAAGUACCAACCCAAUUUCAGACCACAUUCAUCAAUCUUUAAACUCAUUUUCAGACAGAAAUUCCUAAAACAUUGCAUGCUUCAAGCCCCAUGGCUGACAGAAAGAACCAUUAUCCCCCUUUUCCUGAAAAUGACUCUCUAUUUUACCAACGUUGCUCUCUUGCGUGUAGGUAUACAUCUUGAAGUUUUUUGUAAGUUCAGUACAUUUCUAAUUGUAGGCAUUCUUGUGUUGGCCAAAGUUGAACAGGUUGGUCUUGGUGGCUCUCUCAAUGGAGUAUUUACGUGCAACAGCUGCACCCUAUGAACUGUGAACUUCCAGGGAUCAGCUCUUGUCGAAGGUUGUAAAAGAACUGUUGUGAACCUUGCAAUAGGGGUGGCAUUCUUUAUCUCUGGUCAUAGCUUUCCAAAAUUUGACAGAACUUGAAGGCAGUUCCUUGGAAUAAGCUGUGUUUCAACGAACAGAUCAUAUGACAUUAUCAAGCUUGUUUACCCGCACAUUACUGCGAUACUGGAUGACAUGUGUGAAGAGGAGAAAGAUAGAAUACCAACAAGCCAAGGAUGAAGGUUCCUGUGUGAAUACAGUUUGGCAAGAUGGCGACUCUAGCUCUGCAAAGUCUGUGAGUCAACAUCACCCAGAUGCAAAAAUAUACAAGGGUGGAGGACAUGUUGAUAGGGUCCACACAAACAAUUUAAAAGAGGCUGCCAAGAGGAAAGAAUUUUCUGCAGAUGUAAAGAACAAGCUGAAGGACAAGUUUCCUGGCAUUGGAAUGCUAAAAUGUAAAUGUGAAAGGCACAGGUCUGGUAGUAGAUGUAUGUCAGAAAAUUUCAUAAAGGCAGCAAGAAUCAAUCACUUUUGUAUUCUCCAGCAGUCCAGUAACCCUGCAGAAUGUGUAGAAUGCAUGAGGAUUCUCUCACAGUAACACUGCAGAGACAUUCAUACCUGGGAUGGAGGCUUGUGUGGAUUUCAUCCACAGCAUACAUGUACAUGUAACAGAUGUGACAAGGAUGAGGAGCCUAGCUGUGAAGGGAAAGACCAUCAUACCAAGUUCCCAUUAACAUGUGACUACAACUGGAUGGCCUACAGACCAGAGUGUCCAAAAAAGCAGAGGAUUCAAAGGCAGUCAUCUAUCCUGAACUUGGAAGGGGGAAUUCAAACUUACAGGAAGCACACUUUACGGUGCUUCCCCACUUCAGAGCAAAGGAUCAGCGUUUGAAGAGGUCCAUAAAUUAUUUAUAAAUAAAUGUUCUUGAUCAUAAAUCAACAAUUGGUUCAUGCUGUAAAUGAAUUUGAUCUGCUAGCUCUGCUAGCUAUGUUGUAAAAUAAUUUGUAAUCUUAAAAUUCGAGAGCUUGAGUAUUAGUGAACCACAUUCAUUAUACAUUAGAUACUUUAGACAAACACAUUAUUUACCCUCCUUGGCCCCCCCAGUGAUACCAGCUAAGGAAUGAACAUGCUUUCUUACUUUUAAGAUUUAAAAAGACAUUUCAAAAUUCUGUUCAUCCAUUCUCACCAGUACUCUUGCAAUUUUAUUGUCUUUCUAUAGAUUCUCAAACUUUCUAAUAUUUUCCCAAAUAUUCAGUUCAAUAUAAGGUGGGUAGCAUCACAGAUGUACUUUAAUUCCCAAGUAAAAGUUAUAAUAAUGAAGGUGUCUUCCUACGGGUUACACUACAUGACCUCGACAAAUGCAGGGCUAUGUCAUGGUAAUAUGACCUGGUGUUUUGAAGUUCGAGAAACCUCAAUACCAUUGGGCCAUUGAUCUGUAGAAGUGACUCAAUCUCCCUAUCCUGCCAGCAGUUGUCCAGAUGAUCAAGGAGGGGGCUGCUGAACUUGAAAACUGAAAAUCUAGUCAUGCUAGGACCCUCAGAGUUCGAAUGAUGGUGGCAAGAGUUGAAGACCAAGAAGCCAGGAAAAAAUGGGUGAGAGGUCAAGCAGUUCAGCACAUCUAUGGAGAAGAUGAUGAUGAUGAACCGCAGGAACAGGAAGAGUCAAACCAUAAUCAGUGCCAAAACCUGCCGCUGUGGUUUGACAAUGCACAAAUCAUGCCCUCUUAACAUCAAGAAGUCAUGAGAUGAAACUGUAACCAGUUACAUGAAGUAUGUUCAUCCUUCUUUUUGCUUUGUUUUAUUUUCCUUGCAUUUUAUUUCAAUGAACCUCUAGCUCUCCUUGAGUUACAGGUAAACAGUCUUUCUGUUAUCCAGCAACCAAAGUAAAUAAUCUGCACAGCAACAUUCAUUUAGCAUUGAAAGGGCUUUCAUAUACAUAUAGCUGUAUGUUUUGAUUGAAGGCCGCUGAAGUUGUACUUGUGUUUGUUGUCAGCAUUGUUGAUUAAUUAGUGAAAAAAGUAACUGAACAAGAAAAGAAAAGAAAAGCAAAGAAUGAAAGCAGGAACAAUUCCUCUUGAAAUUUAACUGCUUGAAUUUUCUUUGUUGUUUCUCAGUUUUUAGUCAAAUGUCACAAGAAAAUAAGAUUACUCAGUCUAUCAGUUUAGGGGGGUGCAUAUUUGAGGUAUGAGUUCACGAAUAUGUGCUAUAUAGACUUCAUCAUCAAGCAAGGUAUUGUUGAAUUUCAAGAAACAACAGCCCUUUGAGAUCAUCACAGGCAACGACAUAAAAAUAGAUUGCCUUAUGAUCAGGUGCAAUCAACACGGUAAUGCCAACUUUGCUUACAUACUUUACCAAAGAUUUUGCCACAAGAAAAACCUGUAAGAAUUUGGAUUCGCAUGAAAAAAGUCGUGAAUUCGGAUGGCGGGCUCUGUAAAUGUUGAUUAGAUCAAAGGUUUCCAUGGCGGUUAGUAGCAGAUUUCUAAGGGGUGUAGGUUUCCAAAAUGCUCCGCCUUUUUUGUCUCUUUUUGUUAGCGUACAGUUCCAAUCACCUCCAAUGACAAUAUUUGCCGUUUCGGACUUGUCUACAAUGAAAUUGUUUAAUCUGUGGAUGAACUCUAGUUGUUCUCAUUGGUUGUUAGGUGCUUAGAUGUUGAAUAACAAAGUUUUCACACCAUUUAAAUGUGCGGUGAUUAAAACAAUUCUCCCAACAACUCUCUGUGAAUGCUGUCACGUUUUCAUUGAUGAAAAUCUUGCUGUUUCAUCUGCAAAUAUAUUGGCAAAUUGUACAUUUUUCAGUUGAACUCUGUUUAUAAAGAGAAGAUUUAUGACUAACAAAACGUACAAUAACUGGGCUGGAUUUCUUUCUUUUCACUCAAUGGCAGAUGUCAAUAUUGUUGGGUUUUACUUCAACAUUCAACGCAUUGGCGAUUUUGAGUACUGCAUCUUCAUUUUCACGAAUACUUUCAGGAAUACCAACAAUUUUAAGCGAGUUCUUUCUCAAGUAUCGCUCUAAAUCAUCCAAGCAAUACAGGUCAUCUAUUUCAUCUCUUUGCAGGGAGAUUUUUCAUUUAGCUGCAUCAAGUUCAAGUCUCAGUUCCUUGUCGGUGUUUUGCACAUCACUUAGCAUGGUCUUUGUCGCCAACAGCUCGCUUUCCAACCUCCUUAAGCCUGGUUUCCAUAUGAUCGUCCAGAUCGUCCCAAUCGUUCCAGUUGUCUCAAAAAAUGUUCAGACGAUCAGGAAAACUGAGACGAUUGCUGGUUUCCAUAUGACCACUUCAAAGACUGAAGAUGCGCGGUAAUCAACGAUGUUCCUGGGUCCGACAAAAGAAUUUGGUGUGAUAUUCGCAAACAAAAUGGUGAACGUCAACUGCAGAACAAGUCUCCUGGCUUCUCCUGGCUUAUUCUUUUCAUUUUGGGCUGUAGAAGAGCUUGAAGAAUCCCAAAGACACAGAUUUUGAGUUCAACAGAUAUAUCAGAAGCGAGAACAAUUCGGAGCUUACCAUACUCUGGUACAAGAGCUUGGACUGCAUGACAGGGAAUUUCUCUUCAGGUACGAUUUUCAAACUAUGUGGUUUGUGCAAGUUUACAAGGAAACUGACUGAUGUGAAGUAUGAACUUAUUGUCUACGCUAGGUUCACAAGAAUGUUCCCGGAGCGUUUUGAAGAUCUUUUAACCCUUGUAUUGGUGACAGAAAGCAUAUCAUGAUGGACUGCCCAAAGAAUGGUGGAUCCGACUAGUACAAUUGCAAAAGCUUCCACAAUAUUGUCUUAUUGGCAAUUUAUGAUGCUAAGUAUUGUUUCACAUUUGCAGAUAUUGGAGGAUCUGGCAGUACAAAUGAUGCUAGUGUACUAUCCUACUCCGUGUUUGGUCAAGCAUUCGAACAACACCCCACAGAGUUAAACCUCCCUAGCCCUUCCCUGCAUGGAGACAAAGAUCUCCCCUAUGUCAUUGUUGGAGAUGGAUAUUUUCCUACUUAAGCACUGGCUCAUGAAGCCAUAUCCUGGCAAAAACCUCGACCAGUGUCAAAGAAUUAAUAAUUACAGGCUAUCAAGAACAGGGCGAACAAUUGAAAAUGCAUUUGGGAUAUUGGCAGCAAAGUGGAGAAUAUUCAGAUGGGCAAUAAGAGCAGAUGUUGCUUUGGUGAAGACAAUAGUGCAAGCCACAAUUUGCCUUCACAAUCAUCUGCACUUGACAGAGAAUGCCAACUGUACACCAGCAGGGUUUGUUGUCUGCGAAGACAGUAGUGGGAACACAAUUCCUGGUGACUGGAGGAGUGAAGUCAACUAUGAUGAAGGGGGUCUUAGGCCCAGUUCAGACGGCAAACUUUUCAUGAGCCGAACCUAAUACGUUGAAUUAAGUACAUGAAAAGUUCGGCGUCUGAAUGAGUUAAGAACGGCUAUUCGAAUUGGGACUGACUCAGCCGUUCUUCCUGCCUGGCUCAACCGGGAAUUUCGCCUUUGGAAUGGCUUUGAUUCAGAUGCUGAACUUUUCAUGUGCCGAACCUAAUGCAUAAAUUAUUAUAACGUAUUUUAAAAGCAGUUUCUUGAAGGGAGCAUGCGUCAUAGAGCGUGUUUAUUACCAUCAUGCGACUUGGAGAGCUACACUCGCGGAUAACAGCGAAGACAUGUGUAGUUCCUGCUUUGCUAACACGAAGUAUGUUUGUAUUGAAUGUCACAUGCCGAUCUGUAACAAGUGUUCUAUUUUCGAAAACAAUGAAGAUACUGUUGGCUGGACGGCAGGAAGAUCUGUUGGGCAUUGUGAACUGUGCUUCAAGGUUAAGAAGUUGCUGGAAGAGAAUUGUGAUGGCGGGAAACGAAGAAUGGCAAAUAAUGGGCGAGACAAGACCAACAACCCAGAAAAGUACGUGUUGAAUUUUGUUUUGGCAUAUUCCAGUAGCUUACAAGAAACUUACAGUCCCUCAAAUUCAGAGGAGGAACCAUUGGAUAUAGAUAAACAGAAGGACGACCAAGAGGAGAACAAGAAGGAUGGUAGUAAGUCAAAGAACAAGCGAAAAAAAGCAGGAAGAAAGCCCAGGUGGUCACAAGAGCUGCUGAAUGAUUUCAUUGAUAUAAUUGUGAGCAGUGAUCACUACAAGACAAAGCUGAUAUUUAGGAAUACUAAAUUUCAACAGAAUGGGGAAAUCUAUGGGAAAAUCCGUGAAGAACUGAAGCAGAGAUGUGUCACAAGGGAUGAGAGUUUCUGUUUUACUGUUGAGCAACUGAGAUCAAAGUUCAAGAAGUGUGUGUCUGAAUGUAAGAGAGCUGCUCUUACUAUUAAGACUGGAACUGGCAUUAAAAGAUUCCAAGAAGACAAAAAUUUGGGGGCAUGGUUUCAGAAGCUUUAUGACAUAGUCAAGACAAGAGACUCUUGCCAGCCAGGGCAAGCAAGGGAACCAUCAGCAACUCAGUUUUGCCGAAACAUCACUAGCACACCAACUUUGGACAGCUCUGAAAGUGAAACGUCAUCAGUUGACCAAAGUCAGAAUUUGUUUGUUCCUGUAAAGCAACCAAAACGAAAAAGCAAUCGGGAUGACCCAAUUUGUGAAGCUAUGAAAUUGAUGAAAACAAUAGCAGAAAAAGAUCCAACCAGGGAACUUAUAAGUUUUAUGAAAGAUGAUAUAGAGAAAGCACGGGAGCAUGAGUUAAAAUUGAUGCAAAUGAUGCUUUCAUUUCAAAACCAGCAACCACUUCAGGGUCAGAGCCCUGUGUCUGCAGCAGGACAUGUGGGUUUUGCCUCACGUUCCUGUAAUAGUGAUGGCCUCUACUUGCCUUAUCCACCAGCUCCUCACCAAAUUAUUCAGAGCACUGGUUCCAUGUAUCAGGGCCCUUCAAAUUAUCAGUUUCGACCCCUUUCUCCUGCAAAUGCUCUGCCAACGUCGGUUAAUUCUAAUUAUUCUACUCCAAGCCCUGAAUCUGUUGGCGAGGCGUCUACUCUUACCAGGGCCGAUAAUCCUGUUUACCACUCUAUGUGAUUUAUUAUUAUAUAAACAAGAAUACACGUAGGAAGUUGAAAUUGUAUCCUCAUAUUUGUAUCCUUAUUUCACUUUCUAAUCUCUGAUUGGUUGCCAGAAUGACUGUAAAGAACACAUUAUUUUUUUUUGUCGUUUGAUAUAUACAAAUUUUGUGUACAACCGAAUACUUACCACUUAACCACAGUGUUUGUACAUGUCAUAUUUAGCCACUCUAUAGGAGGGGAAGUAAUUUUACAGUUCGUGAAUAUGUUGUGUUAAUAAGCUGCUUUAUGACAAAGUGAAACAACUCUGUACUGCCUCUUGAGAUUACAUGUUUAUCAAUAAGAGUUCUACAGUGAGUACUAUAAAUCAGUGUAGCUCUUAAGGAGAAUGCAAUGUAUACACCACAAUGAGCCUAUUUUCUCUCAAAGACAAACAUCAUUUCUCAUAGAAACACUUUAAUAGUAACAUGUUAAACAACAUUGGCACAUUAUGCUAAUAAACAGUUAUUUGCAAAUGUACAUCUUCCAUUUCUAACACCACAAAAUCCACCCUGGAAACAUCUGAAACAUUGUUCAAGUUAAUGUCUUGAGUAAUAUCAACAAAGGAGUCAUACCUACUUUAAGAAAGGAUUUUCCCAGGGCAAAUAAUUAUUAAUGACCAUGUGAUUAUCACAGGGAUUAAAAGAGUAAUCUAAAGUGGUCUAACAAAUAAUGCCAGUUUGUUUUUCCGAAAACAAUUUGUCAGCAAGGGCAUUUCGUAUGAUAUCUGCCUGCUGGCAUGAAUCUCUCACAAGGCAGCAUUUGAAGUAUUUCCCUUAUCCGAUUCCUAUCGCGUCGCUGGUUUGUAACUAGAUCUAGUGUUAAGUCUAACUUUUUGCUGAGGGUUUCUCCCCUGUCAAUGUACACAUUGUGAAGAACCAUACAGGCUAGAGUUGCCGUUUUAACUUCUUCUUUACUACUUUCACAUUUCCUUACAAGGACUCGCCAUCUUCCUUUCAAUUGACCGUAACAACCUUCGGUCACCAACCUUGCUCUACUCAACCGAUAAUUGAAAUACCUCUGUAUUGGGGUUAGGACAGCAUUGCUAUAAGGUUUCAUGAGCCAUGUUUUAAAUGGAAAUGCCGAGUCUCCAAGUACUAAUGGUGGUACAAGCACUUCGCCAAUUUUCUUCCCAAUGUUAGGAAUCAGCU